UCAUCGUAAAUAACACCUGGCCGAUCACCAACGCUCCUAAAACUUUCACUCAUCCCCUUUCUGUGAGUGCAAAUAAAUAGGAGUGAAACUCUGCUGCGAUAAUCUCUCAGCUUCUCGACAACCCUUCACUGCUCCUGUGCUGACAGAAAGGGAAGCUGAUUUCAAAAUGAAAUUCCUCCUCCUCGCUGCUUGCACCAUCGGGUUGGUGGUCUGUGCUCCUCACCACAUCUUCCAGGAUGAGACAUUCAUGGAGUUUGACAUCCAUUAUGCUCCACCUGAGGCAGCACAGGUGAUCCCUGCUGGAGUCCCACUCAGAUCUCUGGAAGUUCUGCUGCCAGUCAAUGCCCAGAGACAGCCUAUCGUAGGACAGCAAAUCCAUGGCUUCAUCAAGCAUGAGAUUCCUAACCCUAACGGCAGAGGCACCAAGGACGUGUACUACCCAUUCGGUUUUCAUCAUGCAGUGGACCCAGCAGCUGUCGUCCCUGUCGUCCCUGUUGCCCCUGUUGCCCCUGUUGCCCCUGCAGCUCCUUAUGUCCCAGUGGCCCCCGUUGCACCCGUUCAGCCUGUCAUCACCGUCCGCGCCUCUGCUCCCAGACCCAGAGGUAACGAUGAUGACGAAGAAGAUGAUGAUUAGAAAGUCAGAGUCAGCAGGAUGUGCAUGUUUGGACACAUACAGGUAACCAACGCUCGACGACCCAGUUAACUCUUGUAAAAGACGACCAAUCAUAAACGUUUCCCCGUGUGGAAACUGGUGGUGUGCAUUUUGGGGCAAAGUUUUUCUCAUGAAGAAAAUCUGCAGUGCAAAAAAAGACAUUUCUCAAACGAAGACAUACUCAUUACAAUCAGUCUUAGCCUGAGCUCAGCUCUCACCCUGAGAUUGGCUGUUGGAAAAGAAAGAAACUUCU